CGUCGAACUUAAUCGAGAGCAUUUAAAGAGAUUGUUACUGGUUGUCUUUUGAAACUAACGAAGAGGGUACUGCGAGUACUUACUGAUAGAGAGCCGGACCAUUGUCAAGCCGAGCAGUUCCAUCUGACCCUUAGACCCGUUCACUCUGUGGAGUCGCAAAGUGUAGAUCAACUUGAUAUUGGGGAACAAAAAAACCCGAGUUCGGGACGGCAGACUUCACCCCGACUGUCAACAGUGGUCUUGUUAUCCUAGAAUAAAGCUUUUCUGCCUUGGAGGUUGAUGCUGCAGUUGAGGGUCCAGGAUCAAAUGGAUCUCGACCCUUUUCCCCGACGCCCUGGUUUCGGGAGUGCGGGGCGCCAACUUCAAGUCCGGACCAACUUCUUUCCCGUUCUCUCUCUUCCCGGUCAAAAUAUCCAUCACUACGAUGUGCAGAUCCAGCCUGACGCCAAUCCUCGAAUAAAUCGGAGAUUAUACGCACUCUGGGAAGACCUCAAUCGAAAUGGAAUAUUAAAGAAUACAAAACCCGUAUUUGACGGAAGGAAAAACAUUUUCUCUCCUCGCUGCCUUCCGCUGAAAGAUGAUCAAGCGAACUUCACACUGGAACUUCCGGAGGAGGAUGAGGAUAUCAGAUCCAGAAAGUUUCAACGGGGACCUAGAAAAUUUAGAAUUUCCAUUUGUAAAGUGGGCGAGAUCAACAUGCACAGACUACAUCUUUUCCUCGAAGGAAAGUCUCAUGAAGCACCACAUGAUGCAGUAAUGGCACUCGACAUCCUUUUGCGGCACCGACCAUCUAUGCUGUAUACAACAGUCGGGAGGUGUUUCUACACACCGGAAGGUUCUGCGUCAAUAGCUAAUGGCGCAGAAUUGUGGCAAGGAUUUCAUCAAUCGAUCAGGCCCUCGCAGCAUAAGAUGCUUUUGAAUCUGGAUGUUUCAGCAACCGCAUUUCUUGAAGCAGGUCCCGUAGUCGAUGUGGUUGCGCGAAUUUUGGGCAGGGGACGCGCCGAGGAUAUUCGACAGCCAUUCAACGAACGUGAUAGAUAUAGAGUGGAGAAGACCCUCAAAAAUAUUAAAGUCGUUACUACACAUCGCGGUAAUAGCAAACGGCGGUGGAAAAUAGCCAAAAUUACCACGACACCAACGAGUCGAACGCUAUUCCCUAUCAAGGAGGAUGGAGGACGAGAAGAGAGUGUAUCAAACUACUUCAAGGAACGCUACGGAGUUAUUUUACAAUAUGAGCACUUUCCUUGCCUGGUAGUUGGUGAUCCAGCAAAACAUGUGUACCUUCCCAUGGAAGUUUGUCGCGUAGUACCUGGCCAACGCGUCUUGAGAAAACUAAAUGAGAAGCAAACGGCUGAUAUGAUUAGGUUCACCUGUCAACCGCCACACGUGCGCUCAAACAAAGUAUCCAACGGUUUCAACCUGCUGCUUACUCACGACAACGAAUACCUUCAAGACUUCAAUGUAAAAAUAGGUCGCGAGAUGGCUACCGUCAAUGCCCGUGUCCUGCCAACACCGAUUCUUUCCUAUCAUCCAACCUCGCGUGAGUCGAGCAUUGCUCCCCGUGAAGGUUCCUGGAAUCUCCGAGACAAAAAGGUUGCUCAAGGAGCUGUUUUGAACUCUUGGGCGGUAGUUGUCUUUGGAUCCGAGCGAGAAGUUGCAGUGUACAAUGUUCAAAAGUUCCUGCGCGAGCUCAUCUCUACCUGCCGUGAUACUGGAGUAGAUAUUCGGCAAUUGCAACCCCCAAUACGACAUGCCAAUCCGCUAGGCAAUAUCGAAGCCAUUUUGAAGGCAGCUUUCAUGGAUGCUGGUAAUGCUUCUAAUCACAAGCCACAACUAAUUCUCGUGAUUUUACCAAACACUGGGGUACCGCUCUAUGCGGAGAUUAAGCGAAUUGCUGACACGGUAAUUGGAAUUGCAACUCAGUGCAUGCAGGCAAAACAUGUUUUUGCGGCCAAAAAGCAAUACUGCGCCAACAUUUGCUUGAAAAUUAACGUUAAACUUGGGGGUAUGAAUUGCUUCCUAGGAAGCGCCCAAUUACCCUUCGUUGCUGAAAGACCGACGAUAAUCUUUGGCGCAGAUGUCACGCAUCCGGCACCAGGCGAUCAUAACAAACCGUCCAUAGCGGCGAUCGUUGGAUCAAUGGAUGCGCAAUGUUCACGAUAUGCAGCAGCUAUCCGCGUUCAGAAAGGCCGGCAAGAGAUAAUAAAAGAUCUAGGAGGCGCAGUUGUUGAACUGUUGAGAACCUUUUAUCAAUUUUGUGGAUCAAAGCCGCAGCGGAUACUGUUUUACCGUGAUGGGGUAUCUGAAGGGCAGUUUGGAGAAGUGGUUCGAGAAGAGGUCGCAGCUAUACGACGAGCAUGUGCUACCCUACAGGAGGAUUAUCGUCCGACUGUUACCUUUGUUAUAGUGCAAAAGCGACAUCAUGCUAGAUUCUUCCCUUUGAGGAAAGAGGACGCCGAUAAGUCGGGAAAUGUCCUACCGGGCACUGUGGUGGAAACAGGCAUUACCCACCCAGCAGAAUUUGAUUUCUACCUCGCUUCCCAUCCUGGCCUCCAAGGCACGUCGAAACCCACGCACUAUCAUGUCCUUCACGACGAAAAUCAUUUUACUGCAGACGGUCUGCAGGAACUCACCUACCGCCUAUGCUAUCUCUACUGCCGUGCAACGCGCGCAGUAUCCGUCUGUCCACCAGCGUAUUAUGCGCACUUGGUGGCAGCCAGAGCCCGGUUCCAUUUCAUGGGAGAUAACUGGUCCGAUAUUGCAAGUGAGCGGAGUCAUAUGCCGGGCGGGCCUAUCAUGUCCUUGGAGGCAUUGACGGCGAAUUACGGAUUGGUGAAACCUGAUCUGGCGAAAGUCAUGUAUUACAUGUGAUUGCCUUACUGUGAAAAUACCUUUUUUUCAGCAUUCUAAUGCGCAGAAUGAAGGGGACGAUACAGGAAAAUCUUUCAUGUCUGAGAGACUAAGUCUGUAAUGGUCUGUAACGUUAAGUAUUUAAAAUAAUUCCGGGCGUACGUGGCGUAUAAAACACCAAAUAUAUGGUCGUGAGAUGCA